CCUUCAUCUUUCAAAUCAAAACUCUACUCAUAAAUAAACAACAUAGUAAUUGAAUUACUUAAUUGCAAGUAGUUUAAUCACUUACCAUGGCGAAAAGCAAAGAUGAUAUAAAAUAUGGAACAGCACAAGCAAAGCUAUCAGAAGAUGAAGUACUGAGGGUACGCUACAAGCAUGGUACACCACUUGAAGGAGGAAAGAUUGCAGAUUCUGAACCAGUUGAUUUGUUUUCAAGUGCACAAAAUAUUUCAAAGAGUGAUCAACAACAACAAACUGCAGAUUCUAAUCAAUCUCAGUUGCAACGUGAUGACACAAAAGAUGGAGAAGGAGAUUCUACUGAUUUCACUCCUGGUGCUCCUUGUUUACCUCACAAGAACAAGCCUCAAACACUUGGUCAUAAAUUUUAAUGAUAAAAUAAGAACAUAGAAGUAUUAAUUAUGUGUUCCAUAUGUAUAUUAAUUUUAACUUUUGUGUGUGUUUUCUGAUACCCUUUUGUUACCUA